UUGUGAUUUAAUUGCAAAAACCACAAAAUUAUCAAUUCGCCCGUAAAUAUUAACGAACGUGAGUCAGUGCUGACGUAAUGAUUGUUUACUUGUGCUAAACCACCAAAAUGGAAGUGGGUGAAGUCUCCGAAAAUCCGGAAGACAAAAUCGGGCAAUUGGAGGCCGAAAAGAAGCGAAUCCAGGAUGAGUUCAACAUGCAAAGGGCCAAAAUGAAAGAACUGUUCUUGCAAAAAGAAGAUGAACUGUUACGCAGAAAUCACGAAAACGCACGCUUAAAUUCCGAAAUCGAAGAGUUAAAGCGCGAAUUGGACGAUUUGAAAAGUCAGUUAGUUGUGGCAGGGAUGACCCUUGAGAAUAGUUUUGAGCAGGAGAAACGUAAAGCCAACGAGGAAAUUGCAACGUUACAACAACUAGUUCACGAAACCGUGGAAGAGUCCAGCUCUAGUCGGAGUUUGUACGACAGCGAGCUUAAAAACUUACAAACGUAUAUCCAGCAAUUACAAAACGAGAUUUUAGUCCUGAAGCAGCAAAAGCAACAGUCGCCCCACCAUUCCAGCCAGGAGUCUAGUCUGGCUCCUAGUGUCGUCCUUAACGCCCUAACUAAAGGAAUAGCUAAAAAAUUGGGAGCUGACGCGUUCGCUGCCUCUCAAGACAGUGGCGAUGACCCCGCCAGAAAGGUAGAGACCAGCGACCAUGCCCAGGAGGACCCCGAGGUGCUGCGCUCGCUCAUUGGCCCCCUUGAGGACCAGAUCCAGGCCCUCAAGGAAAAGCUGCGCGCGACUGACGAACAGCUACAAAGGUGUCGCGAGUGUGGCCACAGCCAGGACAAAAACGACCAGAAUGUUUCGACAAACACGUCGUUCGAUUCGCCGAAACAUGCCACUUCGUGCGACAUGUGCAGCAAUUACGAGGACCAGUUGGUGGCCGAACAGCGCAAAACGAAAGAGUUGGAACUGAAAGUACAAAAGGCGGAAAAGGCGGCCGAAAGACACAAGGAGGAUUUGCUCAAGGAGAUCGGCUUCCGGAAGGAGAUCGAGGAGAAGUGGAACGAGAAAAAGGAGGAACAUAAGCAGCAAGUGGCCGAACUGACCCGGAGCACGGAAUGUGCCGAGCAGGACUUGAAGGAGUUGCGGCAGGUUUUUAGCCAGACAUGCGCCGAAAUGAGCGAAAUGUUGAAGAAAUUGACCAAAGGGCGGGAGAAAGUCCAGGAGGAAUUAACCAAUCUCCAAAAGGAGAACGAUAAUUUGGUCGGGAAGUACACAAUUCACUCACAAGAGCUGCAGAGUGAAGCGAUUAAUCUCCCGAAUACUGUUGAGGAGCUUCACGAGUUGGUGCUAAAGCACCACCAGGAUUUGAUUAUAGCCAAGAUCGGGAAGGAGGCGGCUGAGGAAAAAGUCAAUACUUUGCAGUCGGAUAUUUUAUUGUUGCGAGAUCAGAUUACCAACGACCAACACGAGAAGGAAGUUAUUGAGAAUAAUCUGGCACAAGAAAUUGAUUUGUUGAAGAAGCAGAAACAUCAGUUAGAGAAGGAGAAAAAGUUGUAUUUGGCCAAUCAGGAGAAGUUGCAAAACACGGAUAAGGCCAAUUUGGCACAAAUUGCAGAGCUGCAGAAGCAAAUACACGAGCUGCAAACAAUCAAACGCCAGCUGGAAGACCAGAACAGCGAGCUCCGCACGCGCGUCUCCUCCCUGCAGCAGGAGCUCGACACGAGCGAAACGGUCCAGAAAGACUUCGUGCGCUUAUCGCAAAGCUUGCAGAUGCAAUUGGAGAAAAUCCGCGAGUCCGACACCCAAGUCCGAUGGCAGCACGAAGAAGACGUCGAGCAGUGCCCCAACUGUCGCUCCGACUUCGGCGGCCCCAAGCGCAAGGAGCACUGUCGACACUGCGGCCAGAUCUUCUGCACCUCGUGUCUCACCAGAACUGUGGAAAGUGGGGCUAGCAUGCUCCCGUCAAAGGUUUGUGAUGUCUGUCAUACUUUACUAGUCAAAUCGUCGGCGCCCUACUUCAGCGAAGCGCCCCCGAUGACUUAAGCAGUUAAGGUUGUAUUCAAAUGUCUAAUAAAUUCUGUUCCAAUUUA